UCAAUAUUGGUUGGUAGUUGGCCGAGUGCGCGUUUAGUUAAAUGCUGAACGCUGCAAGGAUGUGUGGUAUGCGAUAGCCGCACGAAUCUCAAGUGAACAUCUUCAGUCACGGCGAUUUUUUUUUCUUCUAAUCUCGACGCCCCCUAUGGCACAAACUCGAGUAUUUCCCAAGCAGCUGAGUUCUUCUCAGCAGCCUUCGCGCGGAAACCCUGCUGUAGCGAGAGAGGCUUAGAGCAAAGCGCGCGGAACCUAGCCAGCCGUCGUAUUGCGGGAUGAAAUGAAAGCCGUUUAAUUAUUUAGACUUUCUUUCUUUGGAGGGAUAAAGCGGGUGCUGCAGAGAAAGAAUGGGAGGAGAAAAUUAUUUUUCGUUUCAUCAGAGAGAGAGCCGCUGAAAAUGCACCAGUUUCCAGUUCUGACUUAAAAGAGGAAAGCCGUUAUACAUAUGCAUAUCAUCAUCGUUCCUUCUCCUGAGACAAAACUGCCGUUUCUCAUCAAGUGGUGGACCUUCUCCCGUCUGCCAUGGCUCUCGUCGUCCAGCUAAAAAGGGUUACAGACCUGCGGGGAAAGGGAGACAGGAUUGCUAAAGUGUCAUUCCGAGGGCUGUCCUUCUACACGCGUGUCCUGGAGAACUGCGAAGAUGAGGCCAGGUUCGAUGAGACUUUCAGAUGGCCAAUCGCCAGCAAGAUUGAUGGCAACGAGAUGUUGGAGAUUCAAGUGUUCAACUACAGCAAAGUCUUCACAAACAGGCUGAUUGGAACGUUCCGGAUGGUGCUGCAGAAGGUGGUGGAAGACGCCCAGCUGGAGAUCUCCGACACCCUGAUCGACGACAACAACACGGCCAUACAGACGGGCGUCUCCAUAGAGAUAAGGUACCAGGCCAUGGACGGGACGGUGGGGGUGUGGAGCGACGGGGAGUUCCUGGACGUGCCCGGCGAGCGGGACGGGGCCUUCCAGUUCGAGACGGACAGCCUGCUGUCGGGCCACAGCCAGGGGUCGGGGGUGUCGCCAGGGAGGUCCACCUCCAGCCUCCCCUUCAGGAAAGCCGGAAAGGGGGUCUUCUCAGCCAUGAAGCUCGGCAAGGUGCGCUCCUCCAAGGACGACCACAAAAAAGGAGAUGAGCCGGCGGUUCUGGAGACGGAGGACCUGGACCGGAGGGCCAUGCGUCUGGGCGGGGGUCUGGACCCCGACACCAUCUCCCUGGCCUCCGUCACGGCCGUCACCACCAACGUCUCCAACAAGAGAUCAAAGCCAGACAUAAAGAUGGAGCCCAGUGCGGGGCGACCUGUGGAUUACCAGAUCAGUGUGACGGUGAUCGAGGCCCGUCAGCUGGUGGGCCUGAACAUGGACCCGGUGGUCUGCGUGGAGAUCGGGGAGGAGAAGAAGCACACCUCCAUGAAGGAGUCGACAAACUGCCCCUACUAUAACGAGUACUUCGUCUUCGACUUCCACGUGCCCCCUGACGUCAUGUUUGACAAGAUCUUGAAGUUGUCCGUGAUCCAUUCUAAAAACCUCCUGCGCAGCGGGACCCUCGUCGGCACGUUCAAGCUGGACGUCGGCACCGUCUACUCGCAGCCUGAACACCAGUUCUACCACAAAUGGGCCAUGCUCUCCGACCCCGAUGACAUCACCGCCGGGUGCAAAGGUUACGUGAAGUGCGACGUGGCGGUGGUGGGGAAGGGCGACAACAUCAAAACGCCGCACAAGGCCAACGAGACGGACGAGGACGACAUAGAGGGGAACUUGCUGUUGCCCGAGGGGGUCCCGUCCGAAAGACAGUGGGCACGCUUCUAUGUGAAGAUCUUCCGAGCGGAGGGACUGCCCAAAAUGAACACCAGCAUCAUGGCCAACGUGAAGAAGGCCUUCAUCGGAGAGAACAAAGACCUGGUGGACCCCUACGUCCAAGUGAUUUUCGCUGGGCAGAAGGGGAAGACCUCGGUCCAGAAGAGCAGCUACGAGCCCGUGUGGAACGAGCAGAUCGUCUUCACCGAGAUGUUCCCGCCGCUCUGCAAGCGCAUGAAGAUCCAGAUCCGAGACUCCGACAAGGUCAACGACGUCGCCAUCGGGACGCACUUCAUCGACCUGCGAAAGAUCGCCAACGACGGCGACAAAGGCUUCCUCCCGACGAUGGGUCCCGCCUGGGUGAACAUGUACGGCUCCACCCGGAACUACACCCUGAUGGACGAGCACCAGGACCUGAACGAGGGCCUCGGGGAGGGCGUGUCCUUCCGGGCCCGGCUGCUCGUCAGCAUCGCCGUGGAGAUCCUGGACACCGCCUCCGCCGAGAUCGUCAGCUCCACCGAGGUGCAGGUGGAGGGCGUGCCCAACAUCUCCGAGUCGGCCGCCGGGAAAAUCGAGGAGUUCUUUCUGUUUGGGGCCUUUCUGGAAGCCACUAUGAUUGACAGGAAGAUCGGAGACAAGCCGAUCAACUUUGAAGUUACAAUAGGUAACUACGGUAACCAGAUCGAUGGAGUGAGCAAGCCGGCCUCGUCUAAAAAGAAGAAGAAAGAUGGUGGUGAGAGUGAGGAAGAGGAGUCGGAGCUGAUCCAGAACUCCAGCGAUGAAGAGGCCGAUGAUGAUGGGGACCUGAUGUCUGUCUCCUCCACCCCGCCCAUGAAGCCCGUCAUCACAGACAGGAAUUACUUCCACCUGCCGUACUUUGAGAAGAAGCCCUGCAUCUACAUCAAGAGCUGGUGGCAGGACCAGAGGAGAAGGCUGUACAAUGCCAACAUCAUGGACAAGAUGGCUGACAAACUGGAGGAGGGGCUGAACGACGUUCAGGAGAUCAUAAAGACGGAGAAGGCCUACCCUGAACGCAGGCUGCGCGGGGUCCUCGAGGAGCUCAGCAUCGGCUGCAGUCGAUUUGUGACCCUGGCUAACAAAGACCAGAACCAGGCGGGCAGAACUAAGCUGGACCGAGAGCGCCUGAAAUCAUGCAUGAGAGAAGUGGAAAACAUGGGUCAACAGGCAAAGAUCAUUCGCUCUCAGGUGAAGAGGAACACGGUGCGGGACAAACUCAAACUGGUGCACAACUUCCUGCAGAAGCUGCGCUUCCUGGCAGAUGAGCCCCAGCACAGCAUCCCAGACGUGUUCAUCUGGAUGAUGAGCAACAACAAGCGGGUGGCCUACGCCCGCGUCCCCUCCAAGGACAUCCUGUACUCCAUCGUGGACGAGGAGAGCGGGAAGGACUGCGGGAAGGUCAAGGCCGUCUUCCUCAGGCUCCCCGGUAAGAAGGGCUUCGGUCAGGCGGGCUGGACGGUCCAGGCCAAGAUGGAGAUGUACCUGUGGCUGGGUCUGAACAAGCAGCGCAAGGACUUCCUGAGCGGCCUGCCCAGCGGCUUCCAGGAGGUCAAGGCCGCCAAGGGCCCCGGCCUGCAGUCCGUGCCCCCCAUCAGCCUCGUCUACAACAUGAAGCAGGUGUUCCAGCUGAGGGCGCACAUGUACCAGGCCCGCAGCCUGUUCGCCGCGGACAGCAGCGGCCUGUCGGACCCCUUCGCCCGCGUGUUCUUCUCCACCCACAGCCAGGUCACUGAGGUGCUGAACGAGACCCUGUGCCCGACCUGGGACCAGCUGCUGGUGUUCGAUAACGUGGAGCUUUUCGGGGAGGCCUGCGAGCUGCGGGACGACCCCCCCAUCAUCGUCGUGGAGAUCUACGACCAGGACACUGUGGGCAAGGCGGAGUAUAUCGGCAGAACCUUCGCCAAGCCCGUCACCAAGAUGGCGGACGAGCACUACGGCCCCCCCCGCUUCCCGCCGCAGCUGGAGUACUACCAGAUCUACCGCGGGAACUGCACGGCCGGCGACCUGCUGGCCGCCUUCGAACUGCUGCAGAUUCCUUACAGCGAGGAGGAGAUUCGCAGGGCCUUGCUGGCAGUCAAUGACUUUGCCGUGCCGCAGAUAAAGGUGGGCCUGGCCGGAAAGGCGGACCUGCCCCCCAUCGACGGCCCGACUGAUUCGGACCGAGGGCCCAUCCUACCCGUCCCGCUCGGAAUUCGACCCGUCCUGAGCCGGUACCGGAUCGAGGUGCUGUUCUGGGGCCUGCGGGACCUGAAGCGGGUUAACCUGGCCCAGGUGGACCGGCCGCGGGUGGACAUCGAGUGCGCCGGCAAGGGGGUGCAGUCCGCGCUCAUUCAGAACUACAAGAAGAACCCCAAUUUCAGCACUUUGGUCAAGUGGUUCGAGGUGGACCUACCGGAGAAUGAGCUUCUGCAUCCUCCCCUCAACAUUCGUGUGGUGGACUGCCGGGCGUUUGGGCGCUACACGCUGGUGGGGUCCCACGCCGUCACCACCCUCCGAAAGUUCAUCUACACCCCACCUGACAAGAGCACCAACAACUGGGCCUCUACAGCCAGACUGCUGAACAGCUGCAUGGUGCUCGCCAAUGGGACGUCCCACUCUCGCACCCUCUCUGCCCCCACAGGGGACAUAGUGGUCAACAUGGAGCCGGACGCCCCCAUCAAGAAGAUGGAGACCGUGGUCAAGAUGGACGCUACUUCUGAUGCUGUUGUUAAAAUCGAUGUGAAUGAAGAAGAGAAAGAAAAGAAGAAGAAGAAGAAAAAGAAGGGCGAGGAGGUGGAGGAGGAGGAGCAGGACGAGAGCACGCUGGACUGGUGGUCCAAAUACUUCGCCUCCAUCGAGACCCUGAUGGAGAUGCUCCGGGCACAGGAAGCAGCUCAGGUGGAAGCCGAGGAGAAGGAGGAUCUAGAGAUCGCGGCAGAGAGCACAGAGAUGAAAGCUGAUGACUCUCCAAUGAAAGGCUCUAAGGGGAAGGAGAAGGCCCGGGACAAGGCCCGGGGCUGGAAGGACAGGAAGAAGGGUCAGGCUGCCGACGCCGCGGAGAAGAAGCAGAACAAGCCCCGAGUGGACGAGCUGCUGGUGUACAACAAAGAGCUGGAGCAGGAGUAUGGGAACUUCGAGGACUGGCUGCACACCUUCAGCCUGUUCCGCGGGAAGGCCGGGGACGACGACGACCAGAGCGUGGCGGACGACGACCGGAUCGUCGGCCGGUACAAGGGGUCGCUGUGCAUGUACAAGCUCCCCCUUUCGGAGGAGAUCUCCCGGGAGGCGGGGUUCGACCCCAACAUGGGCAUGUUCCAGGGCAUUCCGCACAACGACCCUAUCAACGUCCUGGUCCGCGUGUAUGUCGUCAGGGCGACGGAUCUGCACCCAGCUGACAUCAACGGGAAGGCUGAUCCUUACAUCUGCAUCAAACUGGGCAAGUCCGAGAUCAAGGACAAGGAAAACUACAUCUCCAAGCAGCUCAAUCCUGUCUUUGGGAAGUCCUUCGACAUCGAGGCCACCUUCCCGAUGGAGUCCAUGCUCACCGUGUCCGUGUACGACUGGGAUCUGGUGGGCACCGAUGACCUCAUCGGCGAGACCAAGAUCGACCUGGAGAACCGCUACUACAGCAAGCACCGGGCCACCUGCGGGAUCUCCUCCCACUACGCUGUCCAUGGUUACAACCAGUGGCGGGACCCCAUGAAGCCGACGCAGAUCCUGGCCAGGCUGUGCAAGGAGGGCAAGCUGGACGGGCCCCACUACGGCCCCGGGGGCCGCGUCAAGGUGGCCAACCGCGUCUUCCUGGGGCCCACCGAGAUCGAGGACGAGAACGGCCUGAAGAAGCAGACGGACGAGCACCUGGCCCUGACGGUGCUGAGGCACUGGGAGGAGGUCCCCCGCGUGGGCUGCAGGCUCAUCACCGAGCACGUGGAGACCCGGCCCCUCCUCAACCCGGACAAGCCCGGCAUCGAGCAGGGCAGGAUUGAGAUGUGGGUGGACAUGUUUCCUAUGGACAUGCCUGCCCCUGGCCCAGCCACCGACAUCUCCCCCCGAAAACCAAAGAGUUAUGAGCUCCGUGUUAUAAUUUGGAACACUGAUGAAGUAGUUCUUGAAGAUGAUGCUUUCAUGACAGGAGAGAAGAUGUCUGACAUCUAUGUCAGGGGUUGGCUGAAGGGUCAGCAGGAGGACAAGCAGGACACGGACGUCCACUACCAUUCGCUCACUGGGGAGGGGAACUUCAACUGGCGUUUCGUCUACCCCUUCGACUACCUGCUGGCCGAGGAGAAGAUCGUCAUCUCCAAGAAGGAGUCCAUGUUCUCCUGGGACGAGACCGAGUACAAGAUCCCCGCUCGCCUCACCCUGCAAGUGUGGGACGCCGACCACUUCUCGGCCGACGACUUCCUGGGCGCUAUCGAGCUGGACCUGAAUCGGUUCCCUCGGGGGGCGAAGACGGCGAAGCAGUGCUCCAUCGCCAUGGUGGCGAGCGAGCUGGAGCUCCCCACCGUCUCCAUCUUCAAGCAGAAGCGCGUCAAGGGCUGGUGGCCGUUUGUGGCGCGGGACGAGAACGACGAGCUCGAGCUCACGGGGAAAGUGGAGGCGGAGCUUCACCUCAUGACAGCAGAGGAGGCGGAGAAGAAUCCUGUGGGCCUGGGUCGCAACGAGCCAGACCCCCUGGAGAAACCAAACCGACCCGACACCACGUUCCUCUGGUUCCUCAGCCCGCUCAAAGCGAUCCGAUACCUCAUCUGCAACCGGUACAAGUGGCUGAUCAUUAAGAUCAUCCUGGCCCUGCUGCUGCUGGUGAUGGUGGGCCUGUUCCUCUACAGCAUGCCGGGCUACCUGGUGAAGAAACUGCUGGGGGCGUGAGGAGGGAGUGAGGGAGGGCUAGUGGUUGCCAGGAAGUGACAUCGUCCCAAGCUCCACCCCCUUCUCUCUCGCCACUCGACCAGUCAACCGAUUGCUUCGACAUUCCACCACUGACACUAUUGCCUUUGCUUGACUUGCUUCUCUAUGGCGUCUGUGAACUUUUAAUUUAUUUUUGUUUGUUUUUUUUGUUUUUUUUAAAGUUUGAUGCUGCAGUUUGUUGGUAAUAAUUCAUAUUGCAUGGAUACUUUGAACAUUGUAGUGUUCAGUAAUACUGAAGUUUUUCUGUUUUAUUUAUUUUGUAUAUUUAUUUUGCUUUGAUCUCUAUGUCUGAUGGAAGUUUGUAGACUGGGUUUUGAUUAACCUAAGCAUUUCACAAAAACAUAACAGUGUACCUUCCUUUGGAUAAUCAUUUCUACUGUGUCUAAGGCAGCCUAUUGCACAGUUGUAUUGGGGGAAGCCAGGCCGAUUUUGCUAACAUGUGCACGUUGAAAAUAGGUUUUUGAAGGUUUUGAAAAACCAAUUAUUUUUUAAAUAACCCCUUUGGCAAAUGAAAACAUUUUGGGUAUCUUGGAAAUCACCUGUAGACAUUUUGGACUGAAGUGCAACAAGAUGUACAUUAUGGAUACCAUCCGUAACAAUACAUAAACAAAAAGGUAGCAGCACAACAGAUGUUAUUGUUCAGGUUAUUGAAUGCAACUUCUUACCAUGUAUUACUGUGACCUGUAGGUUAGAAUUCCCCCCACCUUACAGUUGAGGCAGAAUUUGUACUUGGCUUGUAAAGAUGUGGCGUUUCAGUCCUUAACCAAAGUCGACGCAUGCCUUCCCAAAGACGGGGUGAUCCGACCUCGCCCUUCCUCUUCACUCUUCCUCUUGACAAAAAGGCGCGCUUGGACGCUAAUUCCCUUUAUCCACUGUCUGAGCGCAGGUUGAGUAGAGUUAAAUCUGGCCACAGGCACCUCAGCAGGUACCACGUAUUUGCAAAACAAAAGCAACGCGACCGCUUGUUGGCUUGCCUGUUUCAAUGACAAAACAUGGCUUCCACACGCUGUAUGUGUAUUUAGAAUUCAGUCCUCUUCCUGGAGAUCUACAAAGCACACCUCAUUCAGCAGCUUGACCAGGGCUGCCCAACCCUCUUCCUGGAGAACUACCGUCCUGUAGGUUCUCACUCCAACCCUAACAAAGCACACCUCAUUCAACAGCGAGAGAUCUCGUUGAGCUGCUAAUCAGAAUGACGUGUGCCAAAUUAGGGUUAAAAUUAAAACCAUCUGGACAGUUGACCUCCAGUAACAAGGUUGGGUAGCAACCGAGCAUGGACCAUCACAAAGAUGGAUGUCCUUCUAAGAAAGCACAGGAAAACGCACAAGGAGAUUUUUUUUCCAUAGUUUGAAAUAGAUCUUUACAUCUUGCCAUUUAGAGACAACCCAGUUCUGCGUUUCCUAACCAUCACCAACGUUGUAUCAGAAAGACUGCCGAACCAGCAUGUUUAUGGGUCCAAUUCUACAUAAGUUAGUUUAGAGGUUGUAUAAAACAACCCAAGGAACCAAAAAAAAGAUGAACUUUACUAUUCAUGAUCCAAUGUCUUGUUUUGCUGUGUUAUGAGUUUGCCUUUGCUUGAUUUGUAGUCUUGGUAAAGAUUUGUAUUAAACCCCACUGGGGGUCUGUUGAUUUGUGUUAUCUCUCUCUCCCGCAUACACACACACACACACAAUAACUUCACGAAUCCAAAAGAAAAAUACACGUUUGCACCGAUUCUUGCUUGUUUAUAUGAUUAAAAGAAAGAGUGUAUUUAUAAUUCUUUGUUCUACGGGUGUGCGAUAUAUAUAUUUUUGUCUGUACAACAUGAAGAACUAAUAAAAAGAGGUGAACGAG